CUGGGGCCCCGCGGCCGCGGGCGGCGGAGGGAGCGGGGCGCCGCGGGGCAGCUAAGGGGGCCGCGUUGACAGAAGGCGCGCGCGGCGUCGAGCCGGGAAUGCAGGCGGAGAGCGCGUCCGGGGAGCGGGGUGCCGGCCAGGCGGGGCCGGGGCCGAGGCCGGGGCCUGCUCGGCACCGGAAGGGAGCCGCCGCGCGCGGAGGAUGCCGGGAAGCAGGUUUUUAUCGUAUUUAAGGAAUCUCUGUACCCAGUGUGGUGCUCAAACUCAGAAUCCCAAGAUCAAGAGUCACAUGCUCAACUGACUGAGCCAGGCAGGUGAGCUCUAUGGUCCAGUGUGGGGCUCGAACUCAUGAUGCUGAGGUUAAGUCAUGUGCUCUACCAACUGAGCCAGCCAGGCACCCCUCAGUCUUAAUUUUAAAAUGGUGAAACAUGGGCAGCCCCCGUGGCACAGCAGUUUAGCGCCGCCUGCAGCCUGAGAUUGCCAAGAUCUCCACUGAGGACUGUGGGAAUCUCCUUUGACUCUGGAACCCUGGGCAGGAGCUUUGCGAUUGGCUGCCCAAGAAGGAGGCGGAAUGUCUGCAUUGUUACACCAGAGAGUUCAAACUUCACAAGACUUUGGGUUAAACAGUAUCAUUUACUCUGCAAAUGAUUAUGUCUUUGCCCAUCCUCUAUGAUCAUCACAAACUAAUGAACAACCUCUCGGGUCUUAUGAAUUCAGGUUAUACUGUUUUCCAGAUGUGCUGGCAGCUGAUUCAGGGCCUUUGAACAAUGGAAGCCAGCUCUCUGAGGACUAAAGUCCCAGCCUUCUUGUCUGAUUUGGGGAAGGCCACAUUAAGGGGAAUCAGAAAGUGUCCCCGAUGCGGCACCUACAACGGAACCCGCGGCCUGAGCUGCAAGAACAAGACCUGUGGAACCAUAUUCCGCUGCGGAGCACGGAAGCAGCCUAGUGCGGAAGCUGUCAGAAUCAUAACGGGUUCCGACCUACAGGUGUACUCGGUGCGGCAGAGAGACCGGGGCCCCGAUCACCGCUGCUUUGUGGAGCUGGGUGUGUCAGAGACGACAAUACAGACGGUGGACGGAACAAUCAUCACUCAAUUGAGCUCUGGACGCUGUUAUGUGCCCUCAUGCCUGAAAGCUGCCACCCAGGGGGUAGUGGAAAAUCAGUGCCAGCACAUCAAGCUGGCGGUGAACUGCCAAGCAGAAGCCACCCCUCUGACCCUGAAGAGCUCGGUCCUGAACGCAAUGCAGGCCUCCCCAGAAACCAAGCAGACCAUCUGGCAGCUGGCUACGGAACCCACAGGUCCCCUUGUCCAGAGGAUUACUAAAAACAUUUUGGUGGUGAAAUGCAAGGCAAGCCAGAAGCAUAGUUUGGGGUAUUUGCAUACAUCCUUUGUGCAGAAAAUCAGUGCCAAAAGCUUGCCUGAGCGCCGGUUCUUCUGCUCCUGCCAGGCCCUGAAAGCGCACAAGUCGACCACCUCCAAGGAUGAGGUGGCCCAGAGAUGUAUCCAUUUCUUUGCUUGCAUCUGUGCCUUUGCCAGUGAUGAGACAUUGGCUCAGGAAUUCUCAGACUUCCUAAAUUUUGAUUCCAGCGGUCUUAAAGAGGUGAUUGUGCCCCAGUUAGGUUGCCAUUCAGAAUCAACAGUAUCAGCUUGUGAGUCUCCUUCCUCUAAGCCAAAGAAGAGGAAAAAGGACGAACUACCGGGUGCACAGACGAACAGUUCACUACUGCCUCAGGAUGCAGUGAGCAGUAAUCUAAGGAAAAGUGGCCUGAAAAAACCUGUGGUUGCUUCUUCAUUAAAAAGGCAGGCCUGUGGUCAACUGUUAGAUGAGGCACAAGUGACCUUAUCCUUCCAAGACUGGCUGGCCAGUGUCACAGAACGCAUCCAUCAAACCAUGCACUACCAGUUUGAUGGCAAACCAGAGCCACUGGUGUUUCACAUUCCUCAGACCUUUUUUGAAGCCCUGCAACAAAGAAUAUCUAUAGGAAGUGCAAAGAAACGGCUUCCCAACUCCACCACAGCUUUUGUUCGGAAAGAUGCCUUGCCACUGGGAACCUUUUCCAAGUAUACCUGGCAUAUCACUAAUAUCCUGCAAGUUAAACAAAUCUUAGAUACCCCAGAGAUGCCCUUGGAAAUCACUCGGAGUUUUAUCCAGAACCGGGAUGGGACGUAUGAGCUGUUUAAAUGCCCUAAAGUAGAAGUAGAGAGCAUAGCAGAAACCUAUGGUCGUAUAGAAAAGCAACCCGUGCUGCGACCCUUAGAACUAAAAACUUUUCUCAAAGUUGGCAACACUUCCCCAGAUCAAAAGGAGCCAACACCUUUCAUCAUUGAGUGGAUCCCAGAUAUCCUUCCUCAGUCCAAGAUUGGUGAGCUGCGCAUUAAAUUUGAGUAUGGUCACCACCGGAAUGGGCACGUGGCGGAGUACCAAGACCAGCGGCCGCCGCUGGACCAGCCCUUGGAACUGGCCCCUCUGACCACCAUCACUUUCCCUUGAGGCAAAACAAAACAGUCUUUUGCUGCUAAAUUUGCACAUCCCCACCCCUUGACAAUUUUAAAUACUAGUUAGGCAUUUAGAUGGCCCUGCUCCUUAGUGAACUGCUCUUAGCUAAGAUGCAAUUUCUCGGAGCAUUCAAGUGGUUUCUGUUGAAGAAGAACUCUUCUUGUAAAUGGCCUUUUUGGUGCUGCUGUGUAUAGUCUUCAUCAUAAAUUGGGUGAUAUUCCUGGCUAGAAGUUUUAAAGGAACUAAAAGGAAACCAGCUCACUUUCCGUCUGAAAGGACUCCCGUUUAGAGUUUGCUUCAACCUUUUUCUAAUGCUCUAAGAAGUUAGCAGCACUCCGCCUUAACACCAACAGUGUUGGAAGUUAAUAAUACCCUGGUUGGGGCAGAAUGUUAAGGACCAUCCUGACAGUUCCAGUCAUGCCCUUUUAUUCUGUUCUCAAAUAAAGCAGUGUCACUAGUUUUUCCAAAGUA